GCGUCAGUCGCCCUGGGCGCAGCUUGAUGUUGUCGGUAACCCGGAGGCCGCUGGGUCAGGUCGGAUCUUCGGGGGCUGCUGCGGCUGGGAGAACUUCAUGCUCCGCUACCUGCUCCCUUUGUUGAAAACCAUGACUCAUCGAUCAGAACUAUAGUAGCUGGACCGCUUAAAUGCCAGGCUGUUGUUCCGAAUAGCCAGGUACGGGAUUAGAUUCAAUCCGCAGAGAGGAGACUGUUGGGAAUGGCUGAGGAGUCCCCGAGGAGAGGGGGUUGCUGUUUACUGAUGGCUGCAAUGCUUCGAAAGCCGUGAGGCCGGCUCAUCUAUUUGUUCUUUUAAUGUGUCAUGUGGUUCUCCUCGGGAGCUGCUGUGUGAGUGGAAAUGCUCUCAGUGGUGGAAAAUGGACUGGCCCCCCAGGCCGCCAUCCCGGUCAUCAAGAAGAAGCUAGUGGGGUCCAUGAAGGCGCUGCAGAAGCAGUACGUGUCCUCCGACGCAGCGGUCACCAGCGAGGACGGAGACGCCAACUCCAUGUGCAGCGCCCUGGAGGCCGUGUUCAUCCACGGCCUGCAUGCCAAGCACAUCCGGGCCGAGGCCGGGGGCAAGAGGAAGAAGAGUGCCUACCAGAAGCCGCUGCCGCAGCCUGUCUUCUGGUCCCUCCUGAAAGCUGUCACCCACAAGCACAUCAUCUCGGAGCUGGAGCACCUGGUCUUCGUGAGCACGGACGUGGGCCGCUGCCGGGCCUGGCUGCGCCUGGCCCUCAACGACGGCCUGAUGGAGUGCUACCUGAAGCUGCUGCUCCAGGAGCAGGCCCAGCUGCGCGAGUACUACCAGCCCACCGCCCUGCUGCGCGACGUGGAGGAGAGCGAGUUCCUGCUCAGCUUCCUGCAGGGGCUCACGUCCCUGUCCUUCGAGCUCUCCUACAAGUCGGCCGUCCUAAACGAGUGGACGCUCACGCCGCUGGCCCUCUCUGGGCUCUGCCCGCUCUCCGAGCUGGACCCCGCGUCCACCUCUGCUCCCGAACUGCAGCGGAAGGAGUCUCUGGAUUCCAUCUCCCAUUCCUCGGGCUCCGAGGACAUCGAAGUCCAGCACUCGGGCCAUAAGAUCCAGCGCAGCAGGCAGCUCACCGCCUCCUCCCUCAGCCUGGACACGGCCAGCUCGUCCCAGCUGUCCUGCAGCCUGAACUCGGACAGCCUCCCGCUCCAGGAGAACGGCUCCAAGAGUCCCGAUCACUCGGAGGAGCCCAUGUCCUACGACUCAGACCCGGGGACAGCCAAUGCUGAUGACUCAGACCCAUCCCUGCAGGAGGUGUUGUCGGAGUUCAGCAAAGCCCAGGUAAACUCUGUGCCAACCAACGGACUGAGCCAAGAACCGGGGAUCCCCACACUGGAGGCCUCACUGUCCCUCCAUGGCGCCCGCCUCGACACCAGCACACACCUGCACUUCGAUGCACCUGCAGAGCCCCUCCCUCCCCGAGCAGCCUCUGGGGCCGGGGAUGGUGGCCACACUCAGGAGCCACCUUCCCAGACACCUGGCUCCCUGGGCUUGCAGCAUCUGGGCACUGACCGUGCUGUCACUCUGGGAAGCACAUCAGACCAGCAGCCUUCUGGUCCCGUGAGAGCAGUCGGCCAAGGGAGUGGCCAGCAGAAGCCUUCGGUGGGUGGCGGAGCUGCACUGAGCCCCACGGUUUCCUCCCCAACCAGUCCGAAAGGCAAGAGCUGGAUCUCGGAAGAUGACUUCUACCGGCCCCCCCAGGAACGACCCCCAGGGAGUCCUUCCAGUCCGUCCGAUAGCUCCGUGGCUUCUUCCGGGGGGUCUCCAGAGUCCACGCCUGGGUUCCUCAGGCAUUUUUCUCAAGGGCCAAGAAAGAGCUCCUCCAUGGGCGCCUUAGACGAAGCUUGCACGCCUUCCCUGGGAACCAGGAAGAGCAAGGCGGCCGCGGCGCGGGAGCCCAAGAUCUUCCGGGUGGUGCACCGCAGGCAGAUGGGACUGUCCAACCCGUUCCGGGGUCUCCUGAAGCUGGGCACCGUGGGGCGGCGGGGAGCGAUGGGCAUCUGGAAGGAGCUCUUCUGUGAGCUCUCCCCGCUGGAGUUCCGCCUCUACCUGAACGGCGAGGAGCGCACCUGCGUGGAGAACUGCUCGCUGCUGCGCUGUGAGUCCGUGGGGCCGGCCCACAGCGACGGCCGCUUCGAGCUGGUCUUCUCCGGCAAGAAGCUGAGCCUGCGGGCCUCCUCCCAGGACGAGGCCGAGGACUGGCUGGACCGGGUGCGGGAGGCCCUGCAGAAGUGCCGGCCCCAGCAGGAGGACGAGUGGGUGAACGUCCAGUACCCAGAGCAGCCUGACGGCCUCCCUGACGGCCCCCAGGGCGGCCUCCCCUCCCACUCGGACGCGCUCUCGGAGCCCGAGACCCUCCAGGGCACGCAGUUCGAUUGGUCCUCUGCCCAAGUGCCCGAGCCAGACGCCAUCAAAGAAUCCCUCUUGUACUUGUACGUAGACAGGACCUGGACACCCUACAUUUUUUCCCUGUCCUUGGAGUCCUUGAAAUGCUUUCGCGUGAGGAACAAUGACAAGAUGUUGAGUGACAGCCACGGAGUUGAGACCAUACGAGACAUCCUGCCAGACACGAGCCUCGGGGGCCCAUCCUUCUUCAAAAUCAUCACGGCCAAGGCUGUCCUGAAGCUGCAGGCCAGCACCACGGAGGAGGCCGCCUCCUGGAGGGAUCUGGUGCGCAAGGUCCUGGCGUCCUACUUGGAGACAGCCGAGGAGGCAGUGACGCUGGGCGGGAGCCUGGAUGAGAACUGUCAGGAGGUGCUGAAGUUCGCCACGGGGGAGAACGGCUUCCUGCUGCGGUACCUGGUGGCCAUCCCCACGGAGAAGGGCCUGGACUCCCAGGGCUGCUUCUGUGCAGGCUGCUCCCGGCAGAUCGGCUUCUCGUUUGUUCGACCCAAGCUCUGUGCCUUCUCUGGCCUCUAUUACUGUGACUUCUGCCACCAAGACGAUGCCUCAGUGAUUCCAGCCAGGAUCAUCCACAACUGGGACCUCACCAAGCGCCCGAUCUGCCGGCAGGCCCAGAAGUUCCUGACGCAGAUCCGGGCCCAUCCGCUCAUCAACCUGCAGCUGGUGAACCCAUCUCUGUACGAACACGAGGAGCAGAUGCAUCUCAUCGGGCAGAGCCGGGAACAGCUGAAGCUGCUGGGCGAUUACCUGGGCCUGUGCCGAAGCGGAGCCCUGAAGGAGCUAAGCAAAAGGCUCGGCCACAGGAAUUAUCUCUUGGAGUCUCCCCACAAGUACAGCGUCGCCGACCUCCAGCAGCUCCCUAAAAGGCUUGGCGGCCUGCGUGUGCCCCGACAGAUCUCCGAAGGGACGUACGAAGGGUUCCUCAAGGCCCUGAUCGAGUCCGCCUCCCAGCACGUCUACCACUGCGACCUCUGCACCCAGCGCGGCUUCAUCUGCCAGAUCUGCCACCACCGCGACAUCAUCUUCCCCUUUGAGUUCGACACCACAGUCAGGUGUGGUGAAUGCAAGACCGUCUUCCACCAGACGUGCCAGGCCGUGGUGAAGGGCUGCCCCCGCUGUGCCCGCCGGCGCAAGUACCAAGAACAGAACACUCUCACCUAACCCGGUCUCCUGCCCCCGCUCAGAGGCCUCGGCUGAGGCUUCAGCUCAGCCAUCCCAGCCGGGUUUGCUGUGAGCCCGGGUGCUCCCUCAAGGUGUCACGGCUGCCUCCCGUGUCAGGAAGCCCCAGAUGUGACCAGAGCACAUGCCUGCCAGAGGGGCCCUUGAUGAUGCACCCCCUCCUGCUCCGGGAGGUGGGGACGCCAGCAGAACCCCCUUGUUUGGGGUGCUGGGGCGGGGGCUUUGCACUAACCAGGGCCUGGCUGACUGCACUAACCAGGGCCUGGCUGACCGCACUAAGGUGGCGCCUCCGUCAGGACGGUUCACACUCUGGGGACAACAAGACUUGGGACACAUCUUCAAAUUCACAUUCCUGAUUAAAAGGUCUAGUUUUUUAAGGUGGGUUUUCCCCCCUUCAUAUUUCAACAGAAACUAUUUUUUUAUUCUUAACCUUACAAGUCACCCAAGAAAUCCAGAUAUCCUUACCCUGAGCAAACACACUGGUGCUGCUCAGGCCUGGUCGGCAGAUGGGUGGGUGGCUGGACCAGCUGGCCAGCCGCUUGCUGCCAGAGCUGCAGUGCAAGGUGCCAAAUGGCCAGGCGGGCGGGGUCAGACCUGAUGACCAGCCUCUUCCUCUCCCUCUUCACUCCCCGCCCCCGCCCUGCCCACCCGAAAAGCCCACCGGUUUCUCUGUCCUGGACUUGGGUCCCUGCAAGGAAAGGGUGACUCAGAACCAGCACUGCCAGCACUUUGGGCCUUCCUCCGUCCAGGGAAGGGUCAUCGUCUCGCCCGCCCCUCAGCCCCGUGCGCUCCCCACUCCUACCCUACACGCGCGCAGCAGGGUGCUGCUGCAGACACCCCGGGGACCCACCCCUGCCGGGACGGAGGCAGGCUGCACCCACAGAGAAGGCCGUGAGCCCAGGCUGGGGGCGAGUCUCACGCGCACAGUGGAGCAGCAACCCGUCCUCCCACGAAGUGCCAGCCCGGCUGCUGGGACCUGCAGGGACCUGCGGGAGAAGGUCUGCGGCAGGCAGGGUGCCUCACCUCUGUGUACAAAGCCAUGCGUUCACAUAGCUUUGCUGGACUGGCCCCAGCGGGGCAGGGCUAUGCUGCUCGAGACUGCGCUGGAGCGCAUCACCAUCGAAGAGGUGGAGGUGGGGUGGGAGUCUGGAAUGGUUUUCAAGUGAUAUUUAGACCCUUGGGGUUUGGGGGAAUCUGGGUGUGAUUUCUCUGCUGCCUUCCCCCACCUCUCCUGAGCCCAGCCGGCUCCCCUCAGGUCUGGGGUCCUCUGGCCAUCUCACAUACACUCAGCCUGAGAUCGGAGACCUCAGGUGGAGACCCGCCUGCCCCAACCAAGAGAUGAACCUACUCCCACCUUUCGCUUGGGGUGAUUCGGCUGCUGAGUCACCUGCCUAGCUCUGAGGAGCUGGAUAAAUUGUGCAAUAGGACAGAGGAAGUGCUAGGCAGCUGGGGGAGGGGCUGCCACAGAACCUCUCUGUCCCCUCGGAAGAAGGCACACACCUGUACCCAGGGCUCCAAAGCCUCCGGAACUGGAAAGCGGGUCCCCUUGCCUCAUCCCACCCCUCACAGUGGCAUUAAUGCUCCACUGGGGGCACAGCCUGAUCGGAGCCCAGAUCGCCCCAGGUCCCAGGUGGGUGGUGUCCCCUGUGCCCUGCCCUGUCUCCUGGGGCCUGUGAGUAUAUCCACUCCAGAACGUGCUCGAGGAGGCGGCAGGAGUGAGGUCCCCCCCUCCAGACCAGUAGCAUUAGCACGGACCCCCUGCCCAUCACCCAAAGCUGCUGAUGCUUUCUGAUGAGCUAACCUUUACCCCCUCACUUCCAAUGGAAAGCUGACGUGAACCUCACUCUUUUUAACAUGUCAUUUUAUGCAAUAAACUUUGCAGCCUGGGGCCCCAGCCCCGAGAAGUGCUUUGCCAUGUACUGAAGGAACUGCUGCUGUGUGAUUUUUGAAUGAUUUUGCAGUAAAAACCUGGUAUUUCUAA